AUGUAUGACAUGAGCAACAGAGUUGUUAUAGCUGUUCUCUUAACUGUGUCUAAUGGUGUCCUAACAACAGAAACUCCAACUGCAGAGGCCACUGUUCAAGGUUCUGGAGAGACAAAACUGACUAUUGAGUCUAGCACCUUGUUGGUCCUCAAUGACCUGCUGGCCAAAGUGUCCUAUACCAGCACCAUCUACCAUAUAAACACUGGAGACCUUGUCACUUUCCAGUUUGAAAACUAUGAAGCCGUGUUUCCCAUUACCAUCCAGCAGCCUCAUGUACCAGUCCUGUAUGACAUGGGAACAGAUAUCAGCUCUCAAGUUACCAUUGUCACAAAGACCUUCCUGCGCUACAAACAACUGAGGGUGUUGUUGGAUAGCAUCCGGAAAUUCUAUAGUAACAUAAAAGUGAUUAUUGCAGAUGACAGCUUAGAACCAGAGAGCAUUACUGGAGAAAACAUCCAGCAUUACAUCAUGCCUCCAGCACAGGGCUGGUUUGCAGGCAGAAAUCUGGCUGUGUCGCAGGUUACCACCAAGUACUUCUUGUGGGUGGAUGACGACUUUUUGUUUUCUGAGAAGACAAAGACAGAGAAACUUGUGGAGGUGAUGGAGGCAGUCCCAGAACUAGAUGUGGUUGGUGGGUCAGUGCAAGGGAACACGUUUCACUUUUCUAUUCUGUAUGAGGAAGGAGAUGAAAACGAAGGUGGCUGCCUAUACAGGAAGUCUGGUGGGAAAUUCCACCCCCUUCCUAGUUACCCACAAUGCCAUUUGGCCAGUGGAGUGGUCAACUUCUUCCUGGCUCGUACAGAUGCCAUGCAGAGGGUGAGAUUUGACCCGAAGCUCCAGCGAGUAGCGCAUUCAGAGUUCUUCAUGGAUGGCCUGGGCUCUUUGAUGGUUGCCUCAUGUGGUGAUGUGACAAUUGACCAUCAACCUAAAACAGCCGAAAACCGUAAUCCUACCUACAACAAAUUCAGAAGCCCUGGAGCAAAUGAUGUAGAAUUCAAACUGCAGCUUCACUUUUUCAAAAACUACCUUAAGUGCAUUAGAUAUGGAUAG